AUGUGUGGUCUUGUUGGAAUUAUGGAACAAUCGGUUUUCCAUCAUUUCGCUCUACCCGAGCGACUUCCGGCUUCUGAAGAUGCGAAUCUCAACGACAUCGAGGCUAGGCUCACUGACCACCUUCUCGUGGCGAUCCGCAUCCUGCGGGAUGCCGCUACUGGAGACGAGUCACGAUCUGAUGUAUCGAGUAUCUGGGAACGCCUCCGUCAGUGCUUAGUUAUAUCCAAGGCCGUCACCCGCGACGGCAGGGUUGACAGGACGCUUUUGUUGUCAGAGCUGAGGGGCAUGACCGCCCUCGGCGCAAUCCUGCUUGACAUUCGUAGCCAGAAUGCGGCUCUUUUGAUCCAUCGACUGUCGGACUUGGAUGAAGAGGUCGUCUUUGAAGUUUUUGAAACCUCUCCAAGAAGCGAGGACGUCCUCGCAGCAGAUAAUGCCCUCCAGUGGGAUUUUCCCGGCAGUGCAUUUGCUAUUCCGUUACCAACAUUCAACGACGACAACUUCCAAGGUGCACUUGCCGACUUCCUCGAGCUAGCCUCCCUGGAAUCCACCAAGGCGUUUGCCGCCCAAUCUUACAAAGCCGGAGUUCAAACAUACGAAGACCGAGACACGGGCGAUCCGGCAAUCAUCAGCUCGCUGUUGAUGGCAAUCAUUGAAGAGAACGGACGCAGACUGUCCAUCCCUCCCCUUCGGAAACGAGUGCGGGACGACGUUUGCUGGUUCAAGGCUCGCAGGCCGUGGCGCCGUUCUCCCCGCUGGCUUGCGCUCAGGGUUCUCAUCUCGCGGUACUUGCUACUGAGGUUGGGCACGGAAUUGGGUCGAUUCGAAUACAAAUUUUGUGUCUGCGUCUGCUUGGCCAAAUUUUUGGAGGGCGCGCAAAGGGCUCUUGAGGUUGACCAAGUCCAUUUCCUCAAGGCCAAACUGUGCCGACGGCUCGCGAAGUUGGACAUGGAGAGAGACAGCAUGCAACAGGAGCACAUCAAACGAAAUGUGGAUCUUCUCUUCUCGCGGCUGACCCCCAUCAUCGACCCGAUCAUCCACAGCGCGGUCGGCCACGUACAAUCCGUGUGGCAGGCGUGGAAGGUGUCCUCCAUCAAGCAGAUUCCUCCUUUGCCGAAGACGGCCUCAAUGUCGGACACCAGGCUGCCCCUGCGAAUGAGUGGCCAGUGGCUGCAGCGAAUCCUGGUCUCAUCAAACAAGAUGAUGAAGGGCCGCCAGCAAAAAUGGAUCCCACCAUCCGACUUUGAUCCUUCAACUCUACGCAACGAGCAUUUCGCCAAGCUCGUGAAUCCCCUUCUUCAGAUCACCGCUAUAGAGGAUGAACUCCGGGAGUCCCUUCAGUCAGGUGUUGGAUCUGGAGCCUCUGGUACCGCACCGACCCAGAUAAGAAGGCAUCUUGACAGAGGCCUAGACUUAUACAGAGGCAACGCCAGCGAGAUGAGCCUUUUGAUCCUCGAUGUCAUGUGCCUCUGGACAAGACUUGACAUGUGGACAUGCCAGCAAUUCCCCCUCCUCCAAAAGUUCCACCCCGUAUUCACGGCUGAAAUUCUCGACGUUUUGCACCUGGAGCUCUACAAGGACAUGGCUCGCCUACAGGCCGUCCAGCAUUACCUUGAGGCGCGGGUUAAGAUGUGCCGCGGCUCCAAGAUCACUAUCUUUGAUGAUCCGACCAACGAUUGUUUCGCACGAAGAUAUUACGAUGAAGUCCCUUCUGUUGACGGCUUGAGUGCCCUCCGUGAGGAUAUUGAAAUGGCGGCUCGCGAACAAAAGCAAGUUAAGUUGGAUGAAUGGAGGCGAAAGAAUGCCGAAUACAAUGAUCUGACCCGGCAGGUCAAUGGCAGCACUUGCAUUCUCACCGUCGACGAGAAUGAUCCUUUCGGAAGGGGGGAACAUGUCGAGAGCUUCUGUCCCCGGUGUCAAGCGAUACGAAGACUGGCCAGGCUCCGCAUCCAGAUUCACGAGCACCCGCUCCCAUCUGACGACUUUCUGGCCAAAGUGGUUGUGUUCGAGUUACGGUGCCCUGCGGCCUUUGCAGUCUACCGCGAUACAACUUGGAUGAUAUUAUCACGGCUCGCCUGCUCUGCGCCGGCCCAAGGAGUCGAACCCAAGUGUCGCAUCCACGAGUACGCCGCCCUCGCAGGCUUUGCCACCAACACAGCACAGCCUACCUUUUCCUUGGCCUCCUUCACGAAGCCCUUUUUGAACACUCACUAUGCGAAUGCCACCUUUCCGAUCGAGUGGGAUGGUGGACGGGAUGCAGUGUGCAAGCCAAACGGAUUGAAGUUGGCUUAUUUUGAUGCGACCAGCCGAAUCUGGACUGGACGAACACGGCUGAGACCACAAUUUACCCACCACGUCCGACUCCAGUUACCGCAGAACUCGCCCUUCGGCAGCUUGCUCCAUCACAAAGGGUUUUCCGCCGAAGGGGACGGCCCUUCGUCGUACGAAAUCAUGGCUACCCAAAUGAGCUGCCCCACAGGUUUGAAUCCGCACGAGUUCCUUGCCUUCAAGACCCUGGUGUCGGGCACCGCUCGAAGAUGGAUAUCCAUUCUAGUCGAGCUCGGAGCAACCAACAUGAACUGGUCGAGCGAAGCCAGCGCGAUACUCCUCAACCACUUGGCGCUGCAUUGUGGCCCAGCAUCGGACCAAAAUGACAAACUGAAACCUCUGAGACUCAUUCACUCCGUUUUCCGUGACGCCCACUUUGUUGAGAGGCUGCUCGAGCAGUUGCACUCGCGUCUGUCGAAUCUCGCCGCGGUGGCAAGUUGGAGGGAGGCAUAUCUGAUGGGCACAAUAAUCACUCUGGCGCUACGCGUCUUUGACCUAUCUUCCGCAGCCAACUUGGGAACAGAUAUUUAUGAGAAAGCUCUCGAUUCUAUCCUACAGGCCCGGCAGAUUUGCGCCCAAUGGUUUAGGCUGCUCCGGGAGGAGAUUCUGACAUCUCCAGACAGGGCUGCGGCCAAACAGUUGCAACAACGCGCUCUCGCGGCGGCUUUGUUAUGUCGGCGCACGUUCGUCAUCCAUCUGGAGCACUCUGUCCCUUUCGACCCUGUAUCGUUGGCCCUGUACGUCGAGUCUACUAUCGCCACCCAUGAGAACAUGGUGAGCAACAUCGACUCGCUUCCGCAAACCAUGUUACAGAACAUGGUAUCUACCACUAAGCUUUCCCAUCGUCUCAAAAGGAUUGUUUCGCUUUCAAUCUGCGAAAGCCCAGACAGCCUCCGCGAGGCCUUGAAGUACUUCUGGCCUGACGCGGAUCGAAUUGGAACCACGAAUUCCGCAUUAACCCUUGAUCGCGCUGGUUGGCUGUCCUGCGAUAUCGCCCAGACCGAAACCGAGAGUCACCAAGUGGUGAACGUGGAUUUGCUCCUUGGUACACUUCUCGUAAAUGGGAAGCCUGUUGGGAAACUGCCUCAGGAUUCGCAGAACUCAUUGAUGCUGAGGGCUCUUUUUGGCGAUCAGCCUCUCCGAGUGUUUCAGUCGUCGAUUCCAGGGAUGACGUACACGCUCACCAACCGACCGAAAGGUUUCACGGUACACAUCGGAUACGAAGGCCGCGACACCAUCAUCGUAGCUAAAUUACGACGGCCACAAACCUGCACUGUCCGCUUCAUUUCCCAGGAACGCUUCCAUUCUGCAACCAUCUGGGAUCUCCCGGGACCCUUGGUGGAUGGCCGUAUACACUGGCUAGAUUUAAGUACUGGGGAUGUUUACAUGGCGCCCACCGCCAGUCCAUGGGACAUCUUCAACCACCAUGUCAUUUGGACCAUGAACAUCUAUGAUCCUGUUUGCUGGAAGCUCCGGCAGGGCAGACAGGAGCGAGACAUUGUCGUGGACCCCCUUAGCCCUCUCUUCGAGCGGGUUGCAAGGAUCCUAGAUGGCUUGACCAACAGGCGGAACCUUCUUGUCAGCCAGCCAUCCGGAUUCGGAUGCGGUCUCGAAGUUCAUAUCCAAUGCCUCCAGUUAAUGUUUUUCGUCAAAAACACCCAGCGUUUGUAUUCUCCACAACUGAAUCUGGAGAUCGAUCCCAAUCAAGACGCCGGGACCUGGUACGGCCUGACGAGCAAGCUGGUGUGCCGUGGUGUUGACAACCCCCUUCGCCGGACGGUCCUAGUUCCCCUGGGCCAUUUGUCCACCACCAAAUCGGGAUGCCACGUCUUGGUCAGCAUCAAGGAGGAGGGAAGGUAUGGGAAAUUUCCGAUCAAUGAUACGCUCGGCAGGAUAGACUGCGCCGCCGAGCCGAGCCUCGUUUACACCAAAGCCUUGCUACACGCGUAUACGUCCUUCUUGCUUCCCGAUCCCUUGACAGGGCGUACUGGAACCGAGGAGAGUCUCCACUGGCUUCGGCUGGGAAUCUGCCGGCCGUGGACAGUGCUCAGCGGAUCACUAGCUCCAGUCUUAUCUCAGAUUGCCAGCCUCACGCCGGUGCGAGAAUACUAUCCCCGAGAUUUGAAAGUCAUGAAGACCGAUCGCUGGGACGAUUGCCUCACCUGCCACAUGCAGGACCCGAUGUAUCGACAGGUGGUCGAGGAGAUAAUGGCUGUUUCGAGAGACCUGGCUAGAUUUUCCACGACUCAGAGCACCAUGCCGGGAAUCUGCCAUGAUCCCUCUCCUACCGGCGACGCCCAUCUGACCACGAGGGCGUUGAUACGCCGCCGACUGUAUGAGAGAAAUGGAUUUAAUGGAGGCGGGAGCAAGCCCACAUCUAGGGACAAAGAGCGCGUGUACUUGUCCCGAGACAAGCUUCCAUCCUCGGGACAUGCUGCUGUGAUGGAGAUUACACACCUCUUGCGGACAAAGCCACAAACGUUCAAAACUCCGUCUAAUUUAGCCGACCUUCUGUCCCAAGGAAAUACCAUCGGUGGCUAUGGCGCCGAAUACAAGACCGUGUCCCUCACUAGGCAGAUGCAAGCUGACAUGCGCGAAAACUGGGGCUCGCUCGUCGAGUCCUGUCGCAGCCGGUCAAGCUACAGCCUCAUGUUCUUUUUGGCAACCUUGGCUUUUCGGCAGAAGUUUGAUGACGGUCUCCUUAAGGGGCUUUUGGCGUUCGCUAUUUUUAGUGAUCUCCGGUCCUUGUCUCUUCCCCCCUGGCCUUCCUACUUCAAUUUCCGUCCGGGUAGCAACCCCGGGUUGGACGAUAUCACGAAACUGAUCCGCCCCUUCAAAAUCCCUCCUCCAGAGAAUGACGGAGAGGGACUGGGAAUGCUGAUAACUGCCAAGCAGCGCCGCAAGAUGCAAGCUGCAAAAGACGUGCACGAGAUGAAAAGCGACGAGGAUUGCCGUUCUUUGGCCAAAUUCCUUCUCGCCCAAUGGCCGUGCCAUGAGCCUGACCUAUCGAAGUUUCCGCGUACUGAUCUUUUGGUGGACAUCUCGGCAGCGCUUGAGGCUAUCCGCCCAGAAUGGCUGCGCCUGUACCAUAACAGGAGCCUGUCUCUUCAUUUGGACCAAGUCCAGCUCAUUUUGAACCGCCGACGUUCAGACUUUGAGUAUAAGCCCCCACGUAUGAUCGCAUCCGAAGUGGCUUUUGGGCCACUUAGCCCUCUUCGUGGCGCCGUGAUCCCUCAACUCGAUUCCGACCUUCUUGGGAAAGCUUUCAACAGAACUCCUCUCAUCGCUGCAACACGAAACUCAGAGGUUCAAUGGGCUCCUUUGGCCAGCUACUCUCAACAUGACCGCCACUCCCCUGUGCUGAUGCAUAAUAAUCGCCCCAUUAUCAGCAAUGCCAAACCAAAAGUCUCAGCCGAGGAAGCGAGGGGACACAUUAUCGAACUGCAACACAUCAUCAACGAUUUGGCGAAGAGCAAGUCAUUGGUGCGCAAACGUUAUGCCCGAGAUCUCUUGCAGAGUCUGGACGCGUUCAAGAACCUCAGGACGCCCCAGCAGCUUGCCACAUUCCUUUGCCUCCGUGACGAUGCCGCGGCCGUGUCAGAGUUCAUCCGCGCCUUCUCAUACCUGAAAGCGUCACUGGAGACACCGGCACUGUCGAUGUCGUCCCGGCGGAUCCGGUGGCUUCAACUAGGCGGUCUAUGGCCCGCAAUCACAACAGUGUCCCUGCUGGAGCAGCUGCGAUCGACGGCUAGCCCGUGUUUCGGGGAUGGGAUGCGAGAUGCGCUGAUCGAUUUCGGCCUGGCCAUAACCAAACUGCAACGGGUGAUGAGACUGAAUGACUGUGUUCGGGCAGGCGACAAAUCGCGCUUCGAGGACGAGGAAGCCAACCUCGGACAUACCAACUGGAGACCCCAGGACCAUCCCGACUGGAUGCUCUUGGAAAUAGAUUCCAACUUACUCAUCCGGCCCAGCCAGGUCGAUGUGGCCCUAGCUACCAUUUCGCCAGCGUCGGGUACAAACUCGGUUUUGCAGAUGAACAUGGGGCAGGGCAAAACAUCAUGCAUCAUUCCGAUGGUCGCGGCUUCGAUGGCUGACAAGCAGAGCCUCGUGCGCAUCAUCGUCCCGAAAGCGCUGCUCCAACAGACUGCUCAGCUGCUCCACUUGAGGCUUGGGAGGAUUCUGGACCGCCAGGUCAGCCACAUCCCCUUUUCCAGGCGGACGGUGACGAAGGACGACAGCAUCCGAUUGUAUUACGACAUUCAUAAACGUGCCCUGAAGGCGGGGGGGCUGAUGCUGUGCCUACCAGAGCACAAUCUGUCCUUCCUAUUGAGCGGGCAGCAGAGGAUCCUCGACAACAAGGUCAAUGAGGCGAAGCCUAUGAUCAAAGUGAACACUUGGCUGAGGUCCGUCUGUCGUGACAUUUUGGACGAAUCCGACUACACCUUGGCGGCUCGAACUCAACUCAUCUACCCCUCCGGCCCGCAAAUGCCCGUCGACGGUCACCCGCAUCGAUGGCAAGUCGUCCAAGCCCUACUUAGCCUCGUCGAUCAACACCUUUACAGUUUACAAAACUCGUUCCCCCAGUCCAUCGAAGUGGUCAGACGACAGGGGGGUGGCUUCCCUCUCAUCUACUUUGUGCGCCGGGACGUCGAAGACGAGUUACUGAAGCGACUCGCCACAGACGUUACCAAAGGCCACGGCAGUAUCCUCCCCGUAAGCACGUUUGACAAUCGAGAACGUGCGGCCGUCAGGGACUUUCUCGCCCCAGGGGCGAAAAAGCUGAAGUCCACCACUCUUGACAAAAUACGGAACCUGCGUGCGGAUAGGCCCCAGUACGGCCUUCGGCCCAAUUCGGAUCCCGUGGCGGUCCCAUACCACGCUAAAGGGGUGCCCAGUGAGCAGUCGGAAUGGGGCCACCCCGACGUGGCGAUCCUAUUUACCUGCCUCGUGUUUUAUUACGGCGGCAUUGAUGAAAGCCAACUGCGGCUGGCGCUGGCUCGCGUGCUCAAGUCAGACGAUCCGUCCACCGAGUAUGAUAAGUGGGUGCAGUCCUCGGAAGAAUUCCCGGCAUCUGUGCGGGCGUGGAACACAAUCAACAUUGAGGAUGACGCCCAGGUCCGUGACAUAUGGAAAGCGGUGCGGUACCGGGUCGUUGUGGUCGACUACUUCCUGAACAAUUUCGUUUUUCCGCAACACGCGAAGCAGUUCAGGGUGAAGUUACAGUCCAGCGGGUGGGACAUCCCGCUAUUCUCGACGCAGCUGGAAUCAAUGUCUGCGGACGCGAUGAACGGCUCCGCCGGGGAUCAGCUGUCGAAGAAAGCUCGACAACAACCACUCACGACAGGCUUUAGUGGCACAAACGACAACCGUACUAUGUUACCGCUCACCAUCCACCAGGCAGACUUGGCAACGCUAUCACACACCAACGCCGAGGUUCUCACAUAUCUUCUGCACGGCCGGUCUCGCAGGUGUCAGAUCAUCACCAACCCCAGGGAUGGCCGGGCGACGGAAUGGGACUUGCUCCGUAUGCUUAGGGCACAGAACAUCCGGAUCCUCAUUGACGCGGGGGCCCAAAUUCUCGAGAUGGACAACGAAACACUCGCCAGGGCGUGGCUCAAAGUCGACGAGCGGUGCGAUGCCGCACUAUAUUUCGAUUCGACUAACAAACCGUGGGUCAUCUCCAAGCAUGGCCGCAAAACGCCGCUGUUGGCAUCGCCAUAUGCCGACGAUUUAAGAAAGUGUCUCGUGUAUCUUGACGAGGCUCAUACCCGGGGGACUGACCUUAAAUUCCCGCUUGACGCGCGGGGUGCCCUCACGGUUGGCCCGGGCCAGUCCAAGGACCAUACAGUUCAAGCGGCCAUGCGGCUACGCCAGCUCGGGACGUCACAGGCCAUCACGUUUUUCAUCCCGCCCGAGGUGCACCAAGUUAUUGCCGACCUGCGAGCGAAGUCAAAGUUCGAUAACAUCGACUCCCACGACGUCAUCUGCUGGCUUCUCGACAAUUCUUGCGACAGCAUCGAGCAGCUGCAGCCGUUAUAUUACUCGCAAGGUGUUGAUUUCUGCCGUAGAACCCAAGCCGCCCUGGACAACCCCGACUACUUGACGAACCCGGACCACCGUGCCCAAUAUGUGUCAUCCAUUAGGCAAAACGAGCUGCAGACGCUUCAGGAGAUGUACGAACCGAAGGCCAAGGGGAGCAAGCACGGCAAUUUCCAAUUAUCGCAUCCCAAGGUGGCUGCAUUUGCGGAGGAGCUCAACCUUCGGCGCAAGGGCUUCCAAGACACGGGACGGGCCGUUCAUGGCUCAGCACUUCAAGAAGUCGAACAGGAGCGCGAGGUUGCUUUUGAAGUUGAGUCGGUUCGGCAGGUGAAAAAACGGGUGCAGUACGACGCGCUACGCUUUCCAGGUCUCCACGCCGAGAUUGAGAUCUUUACCCGCACCGGACGGCUGCCCGUUGACAGCCAUGCCGUUACACAUGUCUUCCAGCUACUUUCGAGCACCUCGCUGGGCCGGAAACACAAGGUGUCGGGUCGGGGCAGCCACGCGCAAUCCAAGCUGUUCGUGUCGGCUGAGUUCAACCGGACAGUGAAGCUCUACACCUCUUCAGCCCCAGAUACUCUUCUGCGCCCCGUCAGCUGGGUGCUCUGGAGCGGCCUAUUCGAAACAGCCGUCGUCCUUGUUCCCGAGGAAGCCGAAGAAGUUAUCCGCAUGAUGUACGCGAAAGCCACGCACCCCAAAGUCCACCUCAUGACCUACGCAUCCCCCGUAACAAAACGAAUGAUGGCGUUCAACAACCUAGCCUUCUUCAGCAUGCCACCCCUGCCCAAAGACUGGGCGGCACCCCAGUGGCUCAAGACUGAACUCGGCUUGCUCGCCGGAAGACUAUACUUUCAAUGGCAUGAGUACGAAUCGCUUUGCACAUUCCUCGGUGUGAUCGAAGACGAUAGGGACAUGGAAUCGCCUUUGGUCGCUGAUGAUGAGGAACAAGGGCCAGAUUCUGAGGAUGACAAUGACGUUAUACAAGAUGGCCAAGGGCGAGGCGAGACGGUGAUCUCUCCUCGGAGGGAUGGGCGGACUGUCAACAUGUCAUUCUCCCCUCGGCCUUUGACAUUUCUACAGGAGUGGUUGGCCAUGAGACGACACGGGCAAGACUUCGUCCAAACGCCUAUGGGAUUUAUAACACAAGGCAAGGCGUUGCAGGCAAGCCAUCCGUUUUUCGGUCAGGACAAUGCGUCGAGCGUACCAGUAACUCAAGUUGGAACAUCUGUGGCUGGGACGACGGUUGGUGUAGCAGGUGGUGGGAGCUCUUGGGGAGCGAACGAAAAUGGCUAUGCUGACGAGGUUGUUGAGUUUGAUGGUGUGGAUGAUAUGGGUGCGAAUGUGGGUAAUAAUGAGAGCGAUGAAAAAGGGGAGGAUGUGGUGUAUGAUGAUAGCGAGUGGUUCGACUCAGACCUGUCUGAGUGA